GGAAGAAUGGCGUCACUUGAGGAUGAGGGUGCAGCCCAGUUUUUUAAGACCUGGAGCAGCUGACCCUUACGUUCCGGCCAUUGGCCGUGUUGCAGACGAUCUGGUAGCUUAUUUUGAACAGCACCGAGAUAAGGACCAGGACUCUAGAGAUAUUGUAUUACUUUACGUAAUGGAAUGUAAGAGAGUGUUCAUUUGAAUGUAUUUAAUUUGUAAUUAAAAUAUCUCAAAACAAGUUCAAUAAAUCACUGCAUAAUCGCCUGUAAGUUUACAAAUUAUCGCGCUGGAAUGAGACAAUUCUUCCAAACUUUAAUUUUUAAAAAGGCAAAAUCAAAUUUUUAAUUAAAAUGUUUUAAACGCUUUAAAAAGAAAGAAAAAUGUAAUUGAAUUUCAAUAAAGAAAUUCUAAUGAAAAGUUUUUUUGUUUUUUUCGAUUCUUAAGUCGAAUUUUUUUAAAAAAAUAAAUAAAUUAGAAUUAAGAUGAACUCUGUCAGCGCUCUAUACCGAAUGGCAAAUUCUCCUAACUGCAAUUGAUCACAUUUUUUAUAUUUUAGGAGCUAUGUAACGGAAAUUCUAUUGCACAAACAUAUUUAUUUGGUAACACAACAGGUCUUUACCAAUUUUGUUUCAACCGUCGCCUCGGCGCCCUCACAACAGGAUCAGUCACCCACAACGAGACUGUGCGCAUGAUCAAACUAUUGAUCUCCACCCUUUGCAAACAACCACUGCUUCCUUUCUACAAGAUAUGGAGGACGAAGGCCUACAAAAAUAUUGAACUCAGCAUGGACCAUCUUCUAGAGUAAGAACCAUGUCAUACAUUCAGUUUCUGUAUAGACCUGUUAUAUUCACUAUAUAUAUAUUCACUACCGUAACGAGACUUUGUUUCAGUGAGGAGGGUCUUUGAUUCCGUCGACUCUACAAUUUUCGCACAUUGCUAAUAGAAGUUUAGAUAGUGACGAUUUAACACAUGCUAAACAUUGCGCGUGGAAUGUUCUCGUUAUAUGACAGAAACAACCAAUUUAUACUUUACAUUUUUUUGCCACUGUCUCAGAAUUUCCUCCAAAGAAGUGAACCGCACAAUCCAAGCG